CGCCGAGUUGAAAGGUUACCUAGUGUAUCACGUGUGCCGGUGUUUGUCAGGCACGCGCUAAGGACGUGCGGUUUAUUAAUGUAUUUGUGGGUUUCUACUUUUGAAAAUGGCAGUAUAUCAUGACGAAGUAGAAAUUGAAGACUUUGAGUAUGAUGAAGAGACUGAAACGUAUUAUUAUCCCUGUCCGUGUGGAGAUCGGUUCGCGGUAACGAAGGAAGAUCUUGAAAAUGGUGAAGAAGUUGCCACAUGUCCAAGUUGUUCAUUAAUAAUCAGAGUUAUCUAUGAUAAGGAGGACUUUAUGUCUGGGGAAGUAAUAGAAGCACCUAAAGCAACUAAAUUGGAGCUGGUGAAGAGCUGACCUAUAAUAACAUCAGAUUUUUUUAAUAUAAAAGAAUGCACAGAUAUUUUAUGAGGUGGAGUCUGCUUCAUUUCAGGCCAAUGGAGGAGGCCAUUUGAUAGGUGCCUUUCUUAUUUGCUGCUUUAAGACUGAAGUUCAUAUAUGCAUGGGUCAUGGUCUUGUUGGGUCACUACAGAAUUAUGUAUUUAAAUUUAACUUGUCCGAUUAUAACUAAGACUUGCAUUUUUAUUUAACAUGUGAUAUUUAUUCACUGCUACUACAAAUAAGUACAUUGGAUGUAUUGUUGGGGGUGGGGAAAGUAAUAAAGUAAAUUAAUUUGUAAGAUUAUCUUUUUUAAUAAAUCUCAAACUGUUUUGACAUUG